AACUCUAUUAUCCAGCUCUUAUUCCUCACUCUCUCCCAGCGGCAAUGAAGAUAUUAGCUCUGUGUGUGAUCCUUUCCACCAUCCUUACUCGGGGGGACCCCGUUCCGGUUAAGGGACGAGGAAAAGCCAUUAAUAAGCUCCUGCUUAUCUCCUUCGAUGGCUUCCGCUGGAAUUACGAUCAUGACGUUGAUACUCCUAAUCUGGACAAUAUGGCCAAUGACGGGGUCAGAGCAGAAUAUCUCACGCCGGCCUUCAUCACAAUUACCAGCCCCUGCCACUUCACACUGCUCACCGGAAGAUACAUAGAGAACCAUGGAGUUAUCCAUAAUAUGUACUUUAACACCACCAGCGGAGAGAAGAAGACCUAUCUCCCUACACAAGGCAUCUCCAUGUGGUGGGACAACGGGAGUCUUCCAAUCUGGAUCACCGCCCAAAGACAGGGAUUUAAAGUAGGAUCUCUUUUUUUCCCUGGUGGAAAUGCCACGUACGGUGGAGAGGAAGUGGAAGUGAAAAAAGUAGAAAAUCAAGGUCAUAAUUAUGGCAAUGAGACAGAGUGGAAGGAAAAUGUAGAGACGGUGAUGGGUUGGUUCACUGAGCAGGACCUCGAUUUUGUGGCUCUGUAUUUUGGAGAACCAGAUGGUGUAGGACACAAGUAUGGACCAGAGACUCAAGAACGCAAGGACAUGGUCAGUCAAGUGGACCGUAUGGUUGGAUAUAUACGGAGCAGAGUAGUACAUUAUGGCUUGGAGUCAAGACUCAACAUAAUCAUCACAGCCGAUCAUGGAAUGGCCACUGUUGUAAAAGGUACUGAAGAGAUUCUUCUCAGAGAUGUGGCAAACUUCAAGUUCACCGACCUUCAAUUCCAAUUGUUGGAUUAUGGCCCAACAGGAUUUCUGGUUCCCAAGGAAGGGAAACUAGAGGAAGUGUACCAAGCUCUGAAGAAUAGCCAUCCAAAGCUGCAUGUCUAUAAGAAGGAAGAAGUUCCAUCCAGGUUGCACUACUCAAAACAUGAAAGGAUCACCCCCUUAUUUCUGUAUGGGGACCCCGGAUAUGUCAUCCAUGGGAUGGCCAAAUUUCAGUUUAAUAAGGGAGAACAUGGCUUUGAUAAUGAAGCGAUGGACAUGAAGACAAUCUUUCGUGCCGUGGGACCGUCCUUUAAGAAGGGGCUGCUGGUGAAGUCCUUUGAGAGUGUCCACAUUUACGCCCUGAUGUGUGAGCUGCUGGGAAUCGUACCUGAGCCUCACGAUGGAUCACUAAGUGUGACCCAGGAUAUGCUACUGUCAACCAGCUCCUCUGAAGGCAGUCUUCCAGAUUCCCUCUUCAACGCAACCAUCGGUCUGACAGCAGUACUAGGCUUUCUCCUACUGGUCUUCAUCAUUGUCACCAUCAGUACAUCGGUCAAGAGGCACAAACGGAGGAAAAGAUCUGCAAAGUCUACAGAAUUGGAUAUGAAAGAAGAUAAGUUUUGAAAUCCUCAACAAAAGUCAGUUUUUUUUUUGUUAUGAUGGAAACUACCUACUGUUGACUUUUGGCCAAUACUACAUUCUAAAGGCUUUGAUAUGACUUUUCUUAUGAAAACAGAAAGGCAUGAACUGCAGGGACUGAACUAUAGAAGGAACUGAUGGGGCCAACCAUUCGCUGUGAUGGUCCAUAUCACAGCAUCGUGUGUCCAAUUAAAGGGAACUGGCAGAGUAUUCUAAAACUAAAUUAUGGUUUAAUUACUUUGUGGAAAAUCUCUAAGAAGU